GGCGUGCACCCUGUGCGCAGGGCGUCUGCAAACAACAGACGCGUGCGUGUUCCCUGUAAAAAGUUUCUCGUUUGUGCGUGAAAAUAUAAUAGAGCGAUAAUAAAAUGAACCAUAAACAAUAACCGAGACGGUUUUAAAGAACCAAAGAUUGUUAAAUUAAACGUGCACGAGAGAUAAACAGCUGGGUCUGCAGAUUAUUCUUUCGACAGGAUAACAUGGCUAUGAUCAGCGACCUUUAAGUUGUAAUUACUGGAUCAAUCUGAAAAAGAGGGAAAAAGGAAUCAAAGAGUGACAUUAUUGGUUCGAAGGAAGAUGGCCUGCUACACGUUGGUGCGGAAAAAAUUUUGCUGAUCCUCGCUGGAUGGAGGAGAUCCUGCGCCGUGCAUGACCGGAAAGGAAUUUGUCGUCGAACGGACGAUCGGUGGAAGUCCUGGACGGAAGUGAGACGCGUUUCGAAGGGAUAGGAGUGUUGUCUGAGAGAUGAGAUCGUACGACGGGGAGAGCAGCUCGACGGAGGACGACGACAGGAGAGAAGGUCUUCCUGAGGCGCAUCUGCAGCAAGGAUCCUGGCAACGUUCCGCUUCGCAUCCCACAUGGGCUUGGGAGCAUCGUACCGCUCAUCCGUUACCACCUCAAUCGACAGGGUCGUUGGAAUCCAUGUACUCGGUGCCAGGAGCCUCUCACGCUAGUGUUUCCGCUCCAACAGCUGGCUACUCGUCGGAGCACCCUCAAAGUGCACCUGGAAGGAGAACUCCGUUGGGUGCCGUUGGUCUUGGUGGUUUCUACUUUCAGCAACAACCACAGCCCCACGCUUCGUCCAGUGCUCUGUCGGAUGAAAACAGACCAGACUCUGAAAGGUUUGACCGUCAUAGACCAGGAGCGUCGAGACUGAACUGUCCGUCGAAAUCAAAGAGCACUCGUCAAGGGAAGAGCAUGCGAUUAAACAUAAACGCCAGAGAACGUAGAAGAAUGCACGAUUUAAAUGACGCCCUCGACGAACUUCGAUCCGUCAUUCCGUACGCUCAUAGUCCGUCCGUGAGAAAAUUGUCCAAGAUUGCCACCCUGCUACUGGCGAAGAACUACAUUCUCAUGCAAGGAAACGCCUUGGAGGAACUGAGAAGAGUGAUAGCAGUUCUGCAGUCACCGCACGCUCACACAACAGCUCUGCCACCCACACCUGUUUCCUACGAUCUCCUGCAUGGUUUCCCGGGCAAAUUGUUCCAAGGUGUGCAGGACAUGCAAGGACUUCCUACGAACGACCCCCAGAACGUCACAGCGGGUGGACCUUCCACCGAUGCCACUGUAGCUAGUGGAGAAUCAAAUUAAGGAUUCUAAUUUUCCCUUUUCUUUAAUGAAGUGAACGAAUGGAGAAUCAAAGAUUACGGGGUUGGUAAUUGCAUCAGAUAUUUUUAAAGCUUUUCCAUAUAGGGGAGGGUUGCUUUAAGAAGGUUACGUGGUAUUUGUUUCGAGAAUUAAUUUCAAAGAAUUAAUUGAAAAAUAACGCAUUUAAAAUUUGCCUAUACUUUAACAAAAAUUCUGUUAUCGGAAUAAGUUAAAAAAUAUUCAGAUGGUCGAAAUUUAGAAACCUUCCCCUGCUAUAUUAUCUUCCAUAAAACAGAACUUAACGAUCUAAUGGUAAGUCACUAUAGUACGAAAAUAUAUGUAAUCUGUAAGUUACAAACCGGAGGCUACUUGUUGAAAGUAUUAGCGAAGUAAAUAAUAUUCAAAGGGCGUACGUCUUAUAUGAUACACUGUUACGAGUUCGAUAAACGAUGAGUCAAUAUUACUACCUAUGUACUUAAUAUUAAUUACGGUUAAACGCUCCUAAGAUGAAAGUUUAUGAAAGUAUUAAUAAUUAAGGAAGUACUUAAACGAUCUACGAUUACCAACAGAGCAAUAAACGACAGCACAUUUCAGUCUCUGGUGAAAGAAAUAGAAAAAAGGAUUUCUUUCGAUUUCUUUUUUAUCGUCAGAGAAAGAAAUGAUGUAAAAGGAUGAGGAAUAAAAUUUCCGAAUCCCGUCCUGGAACGCGAUAGUCAAUAUAGCAUGUGAUACAUGUCGAGAUAUUAUAUAUAUAUAAUUAUAUUCUAGUCAUACACGCGUACAGAUCAUAAAUAUUCAUAUACAUAUAGAUAUAUAUAUAUUUAAUAAUUCAAAUUGAGCCAUCGAUUGUAAUAACUUAUUUAUAUACAUAAUACGUUUAUUAAGAGUUUAUUACAAUGUGCCAAGGAUAUAGCCGAUCUCUUUUCUUGUGAGAAUAAUUGCGAGACGUGUAUCCAACGAAGGACGAGGGAGUUUUUAAUUAACGAAAACACUGCAUGAAUCCUCGCCUUUUCGCGGAUCACGAUUAAACGUCGUAAACAUUUAAUAAUGAGCAAUAACGACUAUUAUUCCUAAUGACGUCGGUCGUUAAAUAACAAUAAAAUGUGUGCAGAUGGUACGAUGACGAUGAAAAGAGAUAAAAGUGUUUGUUGUAGCGCGUAGUAGAUAUUACUGUUUAGUACUCGGAUGGAAAUGUAUUCAAGACAACUGCGAAUUGAAAGAACGGGUGCUCUGAGAGAAGAAAUUUUAAUUAUUCAAUAUUCUUAACCCUUUUGAUCUUUCAAGAGCAAUUAAAAUUUUUUGUUUUUACUUUGGCGAGGAUAGAUUAAUUCCCUACUCUCGACUGAAGGAAUCAUUUUCAAAGGUCAUAUAUUCCAAUUAGAGUUGGAAUAAUUGUAAUAUAAAAGGUGAAGAUUAUUAAUUAUUUAUUUACAUAUAAGAAAAUUGCAAAGUGUUUACCCAAACUUGUCACGAGACAAUAUCAUGGUACCAAGGUCAAAUGGUUCAAAGAAGCAAGAAAUGAGACAGAUAACGAUAUUCUUUCAGGGCAUUCCAUCAUUUCGUCAGACGCAUUGAAACGAGUUAAUAUAAGCAAGAAAGUUUGUCAUUUUGUUUUUUAAAUACAAUAAUAACUCGUACUUUUAAUAUCGAUGCGUAUUAUCGCGCGGAACUCGUCUAUUUUUAAGCGAGACGCAAAAGUUUAUCGAAUAUACGAAUUUUCGAUGUAAUUUUAUGCGAACACGUCAGAAACGUAUAAUUCAUUUAACACGUUGGCUGCCGUGUGGUCACCUACGGCCUGGGUCUUAAAUUUUGUAUAAUCUAAUAAAUUAAUAAAAGAAAGGAGUAGACAAACCUCGAGGCGCUAGUGUUAUAUUAAUAGCAUAACCUUAAAUUAGAAAAUUAAUCAGCCACGUUAUUAUCGAUUAGUGUUUUGAUAUGUCUUACAAUACAUAGAAAUUUUCACUCUGGCAGUCAAUGUGUUAAUGAAAUAUCGUAAAUAUUUACGUUGAAUACGUUCCAACUCUACCGCCAUAGUUUAUGGAGCAGGUGAAAAGAAAAGGAACGGAAAAAAACGAUCGAUAGAUCGAUUGAUCAUAGUAAAAUUAAGGACACGAUUGUACGAGACGGUGAAUAAUACCUUUAAUCGGGAAACGAUGAGCUGGGUCUGUUUAUAAUCUCUAAAAGCCAAUUAUACAUUGCGAAAAAUA